AUGAGAAGUGUAGACAAUUCAGCAUCCGAUGAAGAGUCAGGUAAAAGAAAUAAUGCCCAAGAACCUUAUUCUGAAGUGUUAAACAAAAAUAAUGCCCAAAACCCUUUUUAUGAAGGGUCAAGUGAAAAAAAUAUUAUCCAUACGCCUUAUUUAGAAGAAUCAAGUGAAAGAAAUGAUAUUCAUAAAGCUUAUGAUGAAUAUGCAUCAUUUGAUUACUAUCAAGAAUUUGGGCAACUUUUCAAUUUACCAGAUGAUUUUUUGGGCCUAAACACAUCAAAUCAACUUGGAUGGAAGUCAACAGAAAAUUUGGAGAAUUCUUCACAAAUAUAUGAUUAUUCAGUG